AUGCACAACCUCGUCACCGCCCCCGCGCCCGCGCGCGUCGGAGCGUCGCUUAAGGUGGCCGCGAGGAGCGCGCGCGUCUCCUCGGCGAGAACCGCCGCCGUCGUCCCCGUCGUCGCGCGUCACCGAGCGUCGAUCGUGUCGACGCACGCGACGGAAUUCGACGGCGUCUCGAUCCCGGAGCCCGCGCGGCCGCCCAAGUCGCUCCGAGGCGCGUCUUCCGCGUCCUCGGCCGGCGCGCGAGGGUUCGUCGGCGCCGCCGCGGGCGCGAUCGACGUCAUCCCGGGCGAUUACCGCAUCGGCGGCGUCCUGCUCUCCGUCGCGAUGUUCCUCGGACCGGUGUGCCACCUAUGGACGCAGUUCGGCGUGCACGGGCUCUUGGGCGGGUUCCUCGCGUUCCAAGCCUCGCGCGUGCGAUUCCGGUUCUCCGACACCGACCUCGACGUCGUGUUCAUCGAGCCCGGGGCGGACGACGCCACCGCGGCGAGUUUGGACACGGACAGCAGCGGGGACAACAAGCUUCAGGGCGGCGGCGCGAACAAGUGGAGCUUCGAUUCGGUCGUCAACUGGGAGUUCUGGUUCCCGGGGUUCCCCGUGCUCGUGUACUACAAAGAGAACCAAACGAAAGCGGAGGGGCAGCCGCACUUCUUCCCGAUCAUCAUGGACGGGAAGAAGCUGUACGAGGUCAUGUUAGAGAAGAUGCCUAAGUCCGUGAACGAGAAGCCGCCGGUGAGCGAGUGGAAUUUGGACACCGCGUUCGAGUCCACGAGCCUCGGGCGGUCCAUCAAAGAGAACCUCUCGGACGAGCAGAAGGAGCAGCUGAAGAACACGACGGGGUUCCCGUUCCUGGAUAAUAAGUGAAGCGAAGCGAGGAGGUGGUGGAGGAGGAGGAGGAGGCGAAGUGGAAGUCGCGCGAUGUAUCAGUAGUUGCCGCCUGUUUUGUGCGUAGCGCCGCGAAGUAAUAACCGCAGUCUAUCGA